UGUUUUCGCAAUCAAGAAUAUGUCCGUCCUGGUGCCCCGUAGUACGACGUCAUCAGAAAGAGACUGUUGAACACAGCGGCUUCUGGGUUUACCAUGGCAUGGUGAAGAGCGUUUCUGAAUUCCUGACCUUCAACUAACUAUUUGAUCCAAACCUAAAGCAGGUUUUCUGAAAUUCACGCGAUAUGUCCGUGAAACACGCGUCUGUCCACGCAAAAUGGGUCAUUGGCAGAGUCAUUGGAACGAAGAUGCAGAAGACCGCUAAGGUGCGCGUGACCAGGCUGACGCUGGACCCGUACCUUCUCAAGUACUACAACAAAAGAAAGACGUACUUUGCACACGACCCCUUGGAGCAGUGCACUGUGGGAGACAUAGUCCUGCUGAAGGCCUUGCCGGAGAGGAGGACCAAACACGUGAAGCAUGAACUGGCAGAUAUUGUGUACAAGGUGGGGAACGUGGUGGACCCACUGACGGGGAAGAGGGUAGCAGGAACCACUUUCCUGGAGCCCCCCUGGGACGACACGCAGGCAUCAGCCAAAUCUCUGACUGAGAAACUGCAGGAAUUAAACAUCACAGCCUCGGACUCUCCAAAUCACUGAUAGCUGGAAAUACCCCACCCUACCGUGCCCUGUGAAAUAAAUGUAUUUUUUAAUGUG